UGAGCUUUUCCAAUCAGAUGGAGGGAGCAACACAACGACAGACAUAAAGCCAAGGACAAAAUCAUUACCUGGGAAACACCUGGCAAAUCCUGUGAACUCUUGGUCACUGAAAUAUAGAGGAAAGAGUUCAUAAGUUUCCAGCAGCAUAACAUACAGAUACUGCAAAAGCCUUUUCCAUCUCUGCGUACUGCUGGUGGCUUUUGGCUGAAGAUGCUGUUUAUCCUAGGCCUUCUCCUCCUGCUCACCCCAUUUCCCUCCUUUCAAACCACGACCAAUGAGAAGAGAAACUCCACAGGAAGUGACAUGACCAAACCCAAUGCCAUUUUCACCCUCUCAAAACCAAAAACCACUGCUUCUCUUGCCAAACAGAUCCUUCGCCCCACCCUGAAGCCAAACACAGUUAAUCAGACCGUUUUACCCACUUCAAGCACCAACCAAAAACCUCCAACAGCCAAUGCUCCAAAGACGACCAGAGGCAAAUUUAACCCCACAGUAAUUCAAACCACUCUGUCAGCACCCGCAAGGCCUACUACAGCUAGUAGUAUUGUAACCACCAAAGACAAGCUCGCACUCUCAGCGAAUCAGACUGUUAUAACUAAAUCUCCUUCAACCAGUGAAGUGAAAACUGCAAAAGACAAGCCUGCCCCCACUGUAGUUCAAAAUGUUCAGUCAACAUCCACAAAGGCUACUUCAACUAGAAGUUCCAUGGCCACCAAAAACAAACUCACAGCCUCAGUUAAUCAGACAGUUUUAAUUAAAUCUCCCUCAACUGGCGAUGUGAAGAUGACCAAAGACAAGCCUGCACCCACAGUAGUUCAAGCUGUUCUGUCAACACCCGUAAAAGCUGCUACAGCUAGCAGUACCAUGGAGAAAGACAAGGUCACAGCCUCUGUUAGUCAAACAUCUGUCAUCAAAUCUCCAACAACCAGCGUUGUGAAGACCACCAAAGACAAGCCUGCCUCCGCACAGCCAAUCAAGGUGAUUGUAAGUGAUGGCUGUGACUCCAGCCAGACCAAGGAACAGGAGCUGAAGCUAAAGCCUGGCUCUCCUCUGGUGAUGACUCAUAAGAUCAGCUUAGUGCCUGGAGGCUGCAGCGGAGGUUGUGAGGCUGAGAUGGCUGCGCUUAAAGGACGUGUGGCUCGUUUGGAAAGGGAGAUGUCUUCCCUAAAGGAGAAAUGUCCAUGUUCAGCUAAUUGUCCAAAUGACUGUAAUGGCAAUGGAAAAUGUGAGAGGGGAAAAUGUGUCUGCGUUCACGGAUUUGUAGGUCCUGACUGCAGUAAGUGUGCACCUGGAGCUGACUGUAGUAAAAAAACUGCCAAAGGGAAGGUCAAAAUAUCUGUGGAGACAGUGACCCUGCAUGUGAACCAAGAUAGCAACACCAUCAAGGAAAAUACACAGGGGAAGAACAACAAAGUUGAGCACACACUCUUCCAAAAGAAGGACCAGAAGAAGGGGACUGAAGGCAAAGAGACUGACACCAGACCUAAAGGGUCCUCCAAUGAAAAAGUGGGCAUUAUUAAAACAGUAGCGAAACAAGGACCCUCUGCCAAUAAAAAAAUUAUAAAAAGUUCUACAAGUGCCACAAAGACCAGUCACCCAACUGUUGGUCAAGUCCUGCUGAAACAUGAGGGACGAAAGCAAGAAGAAGCCCGCAAAGGCAAAACUACAGUCCUGACCUCUAAAAAAGUCCUUCCAAAAACAGGCCACAAGAUAUUUUCUGUCAAGGAAGGAGCUGCUGAUAAAGUAAAUACGAAAUCUACCCAACUGAAAGACCAACCUCAAACUAAUAUAACCCAGAGCAAUGUGAAGAAAUCUGGUGGUACGGCUAAUGUUUUGACAAUUCUCACCAAGGUCACAGGAACAAAUAAAACAAGGGCAGGGAAGGAGAUGUUCGAGCAGUCCACACUGGCUGAGAAGAAUGUUACCCGAUCAUCUGGGCAUAAGGUUAUCAAGAGGGUCAAAGUAGAGAAUGUAAAUGGGACAAAAGUGGUGCAAUCUGUUGACACCAAAAACACUGAGGCUGGCAAGAUUGGGUCUGGGAUAGGGAAAGUUAUCCAGAGGAGUCAGUACCUUGUGAAUACAACCAUUGCUGUGACUUCAGAUGAGACUAAAGUCCAUCAGACCCCAACAGAUGGUCACACAUCCGGGAACACCACCAGGAGGGCAGGGGGAACUGGCUUAGGUUCUGUGAGGGUUGCAAACAUCUCAUCCUACAGCUUCACUCUCACAUGGUCAGCUCCUCAUGGGAUGUUCAAGAACUUCACAGUGAUCAGAAGAGAGCAGAGAGCUGAGGAUGAGGAAGAUGAAGAAGUAGAAGAGGCAGCUUUUGAAGGAGACAGAGCUGCUGCAUCUAAAAACACCACUGAGGUCCAGAUAGACAUUGAGAGCACCAAUGGAACUGCAUCCUCUGCUAAAGUUCUUGGAUCCAGAAGUAAAGCAGAGAGCAGGAGAGUUUCCAUGGUUCUUCCUGGCAGUGUACGCUCUGUCGAGUUUGGUAACCUUCGCCCCUUGACACGAUAUGUCUUGUACAUAUAUGGUACUGCUCUUGGGAAGAGAUCCAAGAUUCACAGAGUGGCUGUAAGUACAGGUCCUGAGCCACCUGCGGAGCUGGUGUUCAGCAAUGUAACCGAAUCCUCUGUCUCUCUGUCCUGGUCCAAACCAAAGACUACAUUCACAGGCUACAGGGUCACAUACACAAACUCUGUCACAGGGGAGAGCCGUUAUGUAACUAUGAGCUCCCAGCAGUCUCAUAUAGUUCUGUCGAAGCUGUCUGCUGGUUCAACCUACAUUAUCAGCAUAACUACGACCCAAGGAAAGGUCCAGAGUGAUGUCCUCACGUCUACUAUCACCACAGUGCCUGCUCCUCCAACCCAUCUUCAAGCCGUCAAUAUUACAGACACUAGAGCUGUGCUGCAAUGGACACCCAGUCUGGGAAAAGUAGACCGUUUCAUCAUCAGUUAUGAGUCGUCAAAGACUCCAAACGUGACAGUGACAGUAAUGGUGUCUGGAAACUCGAUGGAGCAUCAGCUGAGAGGCCUGCAGAGAGGCACCCUAUAUACAGUGAAAGCCCUGAGCCAGAAGGACAGUCUCCAGAGUACAGCCAUUUCAGCUACAUUCACUACUGCCAAUGUGGUUAAAGCUGGUGAAGUGACUGCUCGCUCUGCAGUGAUUGCAUGGAAAGCACCAACAGUUGUCUUCCAUAGCUACAGACUAAUCUACCAGGUGAUAGGAGAGGAGCCAAAGGAGCUGAUCCUGGACCCCACUAUCACAGAGUAUAAGCUGACAGGACUCCUGUCUAUGUCACGCUACAUUGUUCUGGUGCAAGGAGAGAGAGAUGGACAGUAUACAUCCAUUGUCACCACUGAAUUCUUCACAGGGAAGCUGCGUUUCCCCUUCCCUACCGAGUGCUCUCAGGAACUGCUGAAUGGAGCACUGCAGUCAGGAGAGGUGGAUAUCUACCCCAAAGGGAGAGAGGGAGGAGCAGUCAGAGUCUACUGUGACAUGGAGACAGACGGAGGUGGCUGGACGGUGUUUCAGAGAAGGAUGAAUGGAAAGACUGAUUUCUACAGAACCUGGAGUGAAUACCGCGCUGGCUUUGGAAACCUCAGCGAAGAGUUUUGGCUUGGAAAUGAGCUUCUGCACAACCUCACCAAUGUUGGCCCUGUGAGUCUGAGGGUGGACAUGCGAGCAGGAAAUGACACCGCUUACGCUCACUAUUCCAACUUCACCAUUGACUCAGAGGAGAAGCACUAUACCAUCACAGUGUCUGGCUACACAGGGACAGCAGGUGACUCUAUGAGGUACCAUAAUGGACGGCCAUUCUCCACCCGUGACAAGGACCCUGACCCUCUGGGGAUCCACUGUGCCAGGGCCUACAUGGGUGGUUGGUGGUACAAGAACUGCUAUAAGACCAACCUCAAUGGUCUCUUCGGCAUCAACAGUAACAAUCAGGGAGUGGUCUGGAUAGACUGGAGAGGUAAAGACUCCUCCAUUCCCUUCGCUGAGAUGAAGUUCAGACCAUCUGGGUUCUCCCCUGCAACUCACGGCUGAGGAUGUUGUUCAAUCCCAAUGAUUUCUCCAACCCUAAAACUUCACAUCUAGAAAAAAAAAAAAAAAAAAAAACGACAACAACCGUGAAUUAAGGCUCCAGGAAUCCAGGAGAGUGGAUCUCACACUUGCCACAUCUUACUUUCCAUUUAAUGUUGCAUGUAAAAUGGUUUUGACAGUUGUAAUGACAGCUUACUAAUAAGUCUGAUUCAAUGCACAUGGAUUCUGUUCAAUUUUGCUUAUGAGCAUCAUCGGCUGUUUCCUUAGGAAAUGUACCAAUAGAGAAGAGAGGUAUUUUUUAUUAUGCCAUUUUGUAUUGGUCUGUUCUUCCUGACCUUUUCAUCCCCGCAAAGUUUUGUUUUCACUAUAAAACACUUCUAUUGUCCACCACCAUGGUAUGCCACCCCACUAC